AUGGCAAGUGAAAAGAACUCGAGCAAACUUGAUGGCAAAGACAAAGGGCAGUCUGUUUUAGAGUCUCAUGGCUUUACAGUUCACGAGACCGUCGGUCAUGGAUCAUAUGCCGCCGUAAAGUGUGCAUUUUCCAAUAAACACAAGUGCAAAGUAGCGAUCAAGGUGGUGUCCAAACGAAAAGCUCCUGAAGACUACCUCGUCAAAUUCUUACCGCGAGAGAUACAGGUUGUCAAGCUUUUGAAACAUCCGAACUUGAUAUGCUUCCUGCAGUCUAUCGAGACUACCAGUCGCGUCUAUUUGAUUAUGGAGCUUGCGGAUAAUGGAGACUUGCUGGACUACAUCAAGGCCAACGGUGCGUGCCCAGAGGAACAGACAGGAAUGUGGUUUCACCAACUGGUUGAGGGCAUGGAAUAUUGUCACAACUUGGGCGUUGUCCAUAGAGACCUGAAGUGCGAGAACCUGCUGCUCAACAAACACAAUAUGUUGAAGAUCACGGAUUUUGGUUUUGCCCGCAGCAAGAUGAAGCCAUCAGAACCAGGGAAAACCAUUCUCAGUGAGACCUACUGUGGAAGUUACGCAUACGCCCCUCCUGAGAUCCUGAGAGGAAUUCCUUACUGUCCGAUGUUGGGAGAUAUCUGGAGCAUGGGUGUCAUCCUGUACACCAUGUUGUACGGACGGCUACCAUACGACGACACCAACCACAAGGUUCUCCUGAAUCAAGUGCAAAGAUCUCCUGGAUUCCCCAACAGCAAGGUCGUCCCGGGUGAAUGCAAGGACCUCAUCUGUAGAAUCCUGUCCCCUGCAAAACGGCGGAUCAACAUGGAAGAGAUUCAACAAAACGCCUGGUAUAUCAAGGUCACACCAACCACUGGGAAACCUAAGAAAUCAGUCAUAACCAAGCAAACUGGGGAAGGUCAGAACACAGCUGCCCAAGAUAAGAAAGACUAA